CAGAUGCUAUUGUCUUGCUUAUAAAAGUCAAUCCUUUAUGCUUUCGAUUCAAUCAAAAACCUCUGCGGAAGUGUUGACUCAUACAACUGAUAUUCCUGGUUCUGUACCGUCAUAUACACAAUGUCUUCUCCUACGAAACAUCAUCAAAACUCUGAUGUUGAUGAAGUAGAUCAACCAAACGAACAACAACCAAAAUCAACAGAAGAUCACGCCCAAACAACAGCUGAACACGAAUCUAUUGAUGCGACGCCCGUACAAGGAAAUACAUUACGUCGAGUACGAAUCCAAAAGAAAAAUAGCCGUUAUUACUUUCAGCAUCCAUAUUUUAGACUGUUUAUUGCGUACUUUGUUAUCUUCUGUAACUUUCUGAUCUACGCCGAGGAUCCAGUAUCUCACAGUGUUGCUCCAUGUACUCUGCCUGUGCUUGGGAAUGUCUACUCUUUCGUUGUCAACAGGUACAAUAAUAAUCGAACAGUUUCUGCUAUUUCAUUUCAACUGUGCAUGACGUGGUUGAUGAGGCUUACAAUGUUUCAAGAAGACAAGGGAUCAUGGAUGAUCAUGUUUUUAACGACCAUCACCUUCCUUUACAUUUUAUCUAUCAUAUUUAAUGCGUUUAUUGGUCUGGGUGGCAGUUCAGUAGCCGAGUAUAAAGUUACGAGUUUUCUUGGGUUUGUGAAUAAGACUUUUAUGAAGGCAGCAGGACUGGGCACAUGGAUGGGUGAUUUUGUGACCGCCUGGAUGGUGACUGAUAUGAUGCUUCAGGACAAACUCUAUCCACGCUGGAACAAGAGACUUCGCAAAUGGUGGAGAACAGGCUGGAACCGUAUCAUCAUGUUUUGGGUUGUGCUCUUCGUUACCACGGUGAUAGUUACCACAGCAAUCACUACUGAUUAUCUGAAAUGGGAUUAUCUGAACCAUGACUUCGUAGCAACGAACGAACUUUCAAGAGCAUUAUUGGCCUCUUUUAUCUUGAUUUGUGACUUAUCCAUUGUUAUGCAGGAUUGGGAAUUUCCACUUUUUCGUGGUUCACUAGACAUCAAGCUGCCAGGUAUCAAUGUAGCGUCUAUUCGCCUUUCACUUCCACGGUUUCUUAAUCGCGAAAAUUGGUCGGUACACAUCACAGGCAAGUGGUUUAACUAUGGCAUAAUUAUGCUUGUUAUCAUCCUUGAUCUUAACAUGUGGAAAAAUCAGAUCUUUUAUUCACCAUAUGACUUUGGUCAAUACACCAACUCAGAAGGUAAUAUAUUUACUAUAGAAGACAGAUCUUUCCUUGCGGUUGCAAACAAGACAAUGGUGAGUUGGGAAUGGCGCAAUAGUCACAUGACAACUUCAAAUCAAUCGUUUGCUUCCAUCGACCCCAAGAUGAAUUCCAAAUACCUUGGUUUUUCCCUGGGCGUGAAGGCCAUUGCCUUCAUCCCGUCCAUCGCCGCCUUUAUUAUCUUUGGAUUAUUAAUUUGGUUUUAUGGACGAGAAGAGUUUGUGGUCGAGAGAAUUGUUGUGGACGGAGCACCAAUAGAGGGAAUCGUGGUGGAAUCAGAACUCAUUCAUACAAAUACAAAUGAACCCACUGAAACUAAAGACCUGUUUAAGCAAAAGAAAUAUGAAGCUGCUUUGGAAGAAGAUGGGCCUUCUCCUGCUAGACUAAUAAAAAUAACAUAUGUAUAGAAGUAUGUAAAUGAUAUCUUCCUGACAGAUGAAUCAAACCUCGGGUGUAGCCAAUUAUGCACCGUUUUUUAUAAAAUAUAGCAUGAGGCGGGGUCUUUGGCCUCGAGGUCUGUUGCAAGGAAAAGAGGUUUUUCAAAUGAGGCCUUCAGUGCGAGUAACAUUUUCAUGAUUAUUGCAUGUAUAAUGUUGAACUGUUAAAAAGACUUGAUUCGCGUCAGUGUCGUCGCAAAUAUUGGCUUAUAGCACUCUUAUAGCACUUAAAAGAGGUUUGGAUGUCACGCUACAUAUGGCGUUACCUCUCACAGCAUGACAUCUGGGAUAUUGCUCGCAGCUGUACCUCAGAUAGUGAAAUGGGAAAACUAAACAUUACGUACGCCACAAACAAUAAACAAACUUCUUUUUAUUAGAAUAAGAUUUUUCUAGCAAUAUUUCCUUUCACACGGAUGCAACUUGUGUGCCUUCUGAAGAAUAUUUUAACCGAGCGUGUUCCAUGGAUUGACGAAACUGAAGGUCUGAUGCCUACCCGACACACAGUCGCAUAGUUAUACAUUGCUUGCCGCUAAUACCCAUAUAAUUACUUUCUUGCUUAUUUAAACAAGCCGGGUGUAAGGUGCUUACGCCAGUCAAGGUGUAAACAUGUGUUAUUUCUAGUGCCGGGUGUUAAAAAGCAAUAACAUUAAAGAUCAGUGAGUCGUUA